GUCACCAAAUGGAAAGCAUCAAAUAUGUUCUAUUGUAUAUAUAUGAUGCUCACAUUCACACAUACACACAUCACAUACAUAUGCAACUGUACAUUGUAUCAAGCUAUCACUCAAUAGUUUGCCGGUAAUGGCUGAAUUGGUUUUUUUGUUAUUUGGACAUUCCGAGAUUAAUCUCUGCAUAAACUUACUUUCAGUUGUUCACAACCUACAGAUGCUAUGACGAGAAGCGCGACCAAUAAUCACUGAUACGAUUUAGCAAUAACUCAGGAUAUUGCGGUGACGAUCGUGAAAAGCUGUUUCAAUGCAUUGCGUUUUGUAUCUCGGAAGUGCACUUGCAUGGUGGUUUAGCCAGAAGUGACGAAAUCUCGCGUGGAUAUACUCGAUAGAAGAAAUAAUAAGCGUUCGAAAAUGUGAGUGAGUGAAUUUUUAAUGGGUAAAUGUUACAUAUGGAUCGUUGGCGCUAAAAAUGAGUUCUGAGAAAUCAUUGAGGAAAGCGGUGUUGAAACAUUGUUUGAUGUAACAUUAUAAAAUGAUGAAGAAGUUGUGACACAUAUUCAACUACCGAGUUUACCGUACCCUGACUUUAGUUAACGCACGCCGAAGUGAUCUGACAUGUAGUCUGUCAAGCAUAUGGUUGUAUAUGAUGAUGCGACUGAACUUCAAGACAAUCUUGUUUAUACUGAUUGUCGCGACAUUAAGCUCUUUACUUACAUCAUGGAAUAAUUGCGGAAACAGUUUACUGUUUCAUGCCACAGAUUGGCGAACAAAAUACCAACAUAAGGAUCGUUUGAGCACCGAAUCAGGAUAUCAGGAGAUAGAUUGUCACAUCAACGGUGAUUAUUCGAUAGGAUGUCGCAAAGAGGGCGACGAAGUGUACAUACCAUUCUCGUUCAUCCAUAAAUACUUCGAGAUUUAUGGAAAGUUAGCUACUUACGACGGCCUGGAGAGAUUCGAAUGGUUGCAUAGUUACUCGAAAAUCGUAAGUCCCAAGGGGAAGUAUGACUCCCGAGGUGUAUUUAUGACCUUCGAGAAUUACAACGUCGAGGUCAGAGACAGAGUUAAGUGUAUCAGCGGCGCCGACGGCGUGCCGAUCUCGACACAAUGGGAGAGUCAAGGAUACUACUAUCCCACGCAAAUUGCUCAAUUUGGAUUAUCGCAUUAUAGUAAAAACCUAACGGAGCCGGAACCGCACAGAAAGAUAAUCGAGGACUCCGAUAAGAUCAAGCAGAACUGGAACGUCUCUCAAGGCUCGCUCUUGGACCGAGUGUACGACUCGCAGGUUAACAGCCACGUAUUGAAAUUUGCAACUCCGCAGACCAGUAUGUCCGGGAUCUCCUUGAAUCUGGAUCAUGUGUUGGAUUUUGUCCUGAAGUGGGAUUUUAAUGUGAAGAACAAUGGGAGCGUCGUGGUCACCCUGCAGUCGAGAGAGAAGAAAGAGAUGUAUUAUCUUUACUACUACGCUACCAGUAACACAAUAUUGUAUAGUCGCGAUAACCAUAUAUAUUACGGCAUCGGGCAAAUUAGUCAUCAGUGGAGACGUCUGACUAGAGACCUCGUGGUUGAUUUACAAAAAGGCCUUUAUUUGAACGACAAGAGUAGGAAGAAAAUACCUCGCUCCAAACUCAAGGUAAUCCAGAUCACUCUGUACGGUUCCGGUAUGAUCGACAAUAUGACGUUAUCCACUAGCGAACAUAUGGAACAAUUUUACGACGCGGCGAGGUGGUUCGUCGCUAAUCAGAACGUCACCUCCGGAGGUUGGCCGAAUCCCGUCAGGAGAAAGGUGGCACCUGGAAUGGCUAUCCUCGAGCCCGGAUGGCACUCCAGCAUGGGCCAGGGUCACGCGAUAUCGGUGUUGGCACGCGCGUAUUAUCAUUCCGGGGAGGCGAAAUACCUGCAGGCCGCUAUCAGGGGUUUGCGUCCCUUCAGACUGUCCUCCGCCAAAGGAGGUGUGGCCGCGUCGUUUUUAGGAAAAUACAUUUGGUACGAGGAGUACCCGACGACGCCCUCCUCUUUCAUACUCAACGGUUUUAUUUACUCGCUCAUCGGCCUCUACGACCUGAAGAGCAUAGCGAUGGGCAAGGACGCGGAGGAGGCAUCCAGGCUCUUGAAUCAGGGUAUGACAUCGCUGAAGAAUAUGUUAACGUUGUUCGACACUGGCUCAGGUACGACGUACGAUCUGCGUCACUUCACGCUGAAAACGGCGCCCAAUCUAGCUAGAUGGGAUUACCACUCUACUCAUAUCAAUCAGCUACUUCUGCUCCACUCAAUCGACAACGAUCCUAUUUUUAUCACGACCGCGGAGAGGUGGAUAGGUUACAUGAAUGGCAAAAGAGCGGCGCACAAUUAAUCGCGUAGUUAGAUAAUGUCCCACCCCCUCUCCUUCAUGCUCCUUCUUCCCGCUUUAUUUAUUUCAAUCAUGUCUGUCCCCCUUUCCCCCUGUGUCUUUUAAUUCGUCAUCGUUGCUAGUACAGAGGCGUAAGUAGCUUAAUGUCCGUUCAACAGACUGAGAAAAAAAGAAAUGUUAUAUAUAUA